GCUGCUGCUGCUGCUGCUUUUGUGCUGUCGCAGAGCGUGCACCAAUGGCGUCGUCACCACGCUCCCAGAUAUCGCCGCUCUCUCUAUCAAAGUCCCUUGCUCAUGGCACUCUGCCCCUACCCACCUCAUCCCAUCAGUCGGGAGAUUCAAGACUGUUGCCAAUACGAAGUUGCAAUUUCAGCGUGGAUACGCGAAAUCAGGCUUAUAAGAGAUACGGGCGCUGUCACGAGUGCACUUCUGCAUCGGGCCCGGGUUGAGAAUGAAGUCGACGACUAUGCGAGUGCCAAGUGUACUAGGUAGGUACAAUAGUUGUGCUAGAUGCCACAGGCAGUCC